CUAAUGUUUUCUGUUCCCUGGGGCCACAGUGUUUUCAACGGGACUCAACUAACUACUUACCGGACUCGCCAUGGCCGCUUGACCCAGGCUGAAAUACCCUUCUUCCGUUAUAAUUUCUUAGAAACAUUUGCACAAACUUUUCCCAGACAAACUUUCGUCUUUUGUGUAGUUUUUAUGUCAAGAAGGAAGGAUGCAACCCCCACCGAGAAAGGUCCGGGUCACCCAGGAGCUGAAACACACUCAUGCAGAGCAGAUGAGCAGAUUACAAAUCAAACACCAGACAGAGUGUGACCUCCUGGAAGACCUGAGGACUUUCAGCCAAAAGAGGGCGGCUGUAGAGAGGGACUACGCCCAGGCCCUCCAGAAGUUGGCAAAUCAGUAUCUAAAGAGGGAAUGGCCGGACAGUCUGACAGAAGAACAAACAGACCAUAGGAACAUGUAUUGUGUAUGGAGGGCAUAUUUGGAAGGCACGGUCCAGGUCACCCAGUCCAGAAUCAGCGCCUGUGAUAACUACAAAGUCCAAGUCGCCGAUCCAGCCAAGACGGGCCGUCUGCAGAAGGAACAGCAGCUGAGGAAGUGUAUUGAACAGCUGACGGUGGUUCAAGCUGAGCUGCAGGAGUCUGUGAAGGAGCUGACCAAGAGCAGGAAGAAGUACCAGGAGGCCGAGACGAUGGCGCAGGCCGUCCGAGAGAAGGCAGAGCUGGACGCAAAGUAUGAACCAAAUUACUCCACCAUCUUUGUAAACCUGUGAAUACACAAAGUGGAA